AAAACCGGUCUAAAACGAUGCAGGAAACGAGCGUCUAGACUUUGACGUCACCAUGGAGGCUGAUGCAAACUCCUUCCACGUGGAGUUCCCGGAUUUCUCCUGCUCGCUCCUGAAGAAACUGAACCAGCAGAGGCAGCGUGGCCAGCUCUGCGACCUCAUCGUGUCCAUCGGCGGCCAUCAGUUUCGCGCCCACCGCGCCGUCCUGGCCGCAAGCUCGCCGUACUUCUGCGAUCAGGUGCUUCUGAAGAACAGCGCUCGCGUGGUGCUCCCGGACGUCAUGCCUCCGUGCGUUUUCGAGCAGCUCCUCUUAUCCUGCUACACCGGAGGACUUUCGGUGCCGUCUGGAGAAGUGGUGUCCUUUCUUACAGCCGCCAGUUUUUUACAGAUGUGGCAUGUGGUGGAUAAAUGCACCGAGCUACUGGAGGUUGGAAACAAGAAAAACAGCAGCGGAGGGAACUUCGAGCACAGCUCAUCCCCGAAAUGUGACGUGUACGAGGAUAAUAUUGAAGAUCUAGUGGAUGAUGGCAUUACUAUUCCUGCCUUGGAAAGCGCCGGAUGCUCGUCUCCUGAUGCGCAGAGCAGCGAGAAUGGAUCGGACGCAAUGGAAAGCCACUGCUCUAGACCCGCGUAUGUGCCGCCGAGCAUCAUGGGACAUCGAAAGAAGGUGCACGUUAAAGCGGAAAGGCAAACUCGGGAAGCCUGCGGUGGGUUGUUUGGCUCAGAACACACUGCGAAUGAUUCUGACGAAAACAACGGCAACACCGUCGAAGAUUGUUUCGACGAGAAGUUAACAGAGUGUCUGGAUCGGGAUUGCACUUAUGAAGAGCCUCUGGAUUUCUACGGGAGCUCCAUGGAGGGGUUUUCUCAAACCGGAGACGAGCUUUCUAAUCCAGAGUCCAAGGAGAAACUUCAGGCGGAUGGGAAUAAUACAGAUGGUCCUAAAGAUGAAUCUCCUGCCGACAGUGAGCAGACGUCCCACUCAGGGUUUGCAUCGGUGGUUUAUAAGCUGUAUCCGUGUCAGUGCGGCAAAAGCUUCACGCAUAAAAGUCAAAGGGACCGGCAUAUGAGCAUGCAUCUGGGUCUGAGGCCGUUCGGUUGUGCCGUCUGUGGAAAGAGCUUUAAGAUGAAGCAUCACCUGGUGGGUCACAUGAAGAUCCACACGGGGAUUAAACCGUACGAGUGCAGCUUGUGCUCCAAGCGCUUCAUGUGGAGGGACAGCUUCAACCGGCACACCUCCACCUGCGCCAAAGCCCAUCAGACCCGACGGGCCUCGCAGACCUGCUAGUGUUCAUACAAUUACCAGAAUGCCAAACAGAUUUUAAAAACAAGCACCUCAGUUUUGAACAGUGAGUUCGGUUUAGUUUAGUUGUUCAGGUGUACACUGCUAGUCAGAGGUUUGGGUUAAUUAUGUGAUUUAAAAAAGUCUCUUAUGUAUUUUUUUGUAUCGAGUUUGGUACCAAUUGGUAAUGAAAUUUUAAAAACGUCCAUUUCCCGCUAACAUUUGGGCGAUGUUGAAUGCGUUCUAAACACCGCUGAUUUGCCUUUAGCUGCGUCCAAAACCGCCUAUUCAAUAGGUACUGCAUUUGAA